UGGUUGCUGUGGUACAACAACGUGUAUGAGGAAUCGGCGAACCCCUAGAAAUGCAGAUUUCAAACGUGAACGAUGUGAAGAUUUAUAACCUAAGUUAUGGAAAGUCCCUUCCUGAGUGGUUGUCAGAUCGAAAGAAAAGACAGCUUCAGAAAAAAGAUGUCGACAUCCAGCGGCGGAUCGAACUCAUUCAGGACUUUGAGAUGCCCACAGUGUGCACCUCUAUCAAAGUGUCCCGAGACGGUCAGUUCAUCCUGGCAGCAGGAACAUACAAACCCAGAAUUCGCUGCUAUGACACAUAUCAGCUGUCCCUUAAAUUUGAGCGAUGUUUGGAUUCAGAUGGUAGGUUUCUCUCGUCUAUCUUUUCAAGCCCCUUCUGGAACAUUCGGUUUUACUGUUUUCCUUUUUCUUCUUCUUUUUCACACAGUUGUGGCUUUUGACAUCCUGUCAGAUGAUUACUCAAAGCUGGUUCUUUUGCAGUGCGAUCGCCAUGUGGAGUUCCACGCCCAACAUGGCCACUACUACAAGACUCGGAUUCCAAAGUUCGGACGGGACUUUUCCUACCACUAUCCCUCCUGCGACCUCUACUUUGUGGGGAUGAGUUCCGAGGUGUACAGACUGAACCUGGAGCAGGGGCGCUUCCUCAACUCCCUUCAGACAGACGGCGUGGAGAACAAUGUUUGUGACAUCAACCCUGUUCAUCAUUUAUUCGCAACAGGAACCUCUGAGGGAAGGGUCGAAUGUUGGGACCCUCGCAUCCGGAACCGAGUGGGCGUUCUGGACUGCGCCCUGAGCAGCCUGACUGAAGGAACAGAAGUUCAGGGUUUACCGUCCAUCAGUGCACUGAAGUUUAAUGGUUCCCUCACCAUGGCAGUCGGCACCAGCACUGGACAGGUGCUGCUGUAUGAUCUGCGUUCCAGCCAACCGCUGCUGGUCAAAGAUCACUUCUACAAUUUGCCAAUCAAAUCUUUGAACUUCCACGACCAGCUGGACCUCAUCGUGUCGGCUGAUUCAAAGAUCAUAAAAAUCUGGAACAAAGACUCGGGGAAGCUGUUCUCCUCCAUACAGCCUCAGAGCGACCUCAAUGACGUUUCCAUGUACCCCAAUUCAGGAAUGCUCUUCACGGCCAAUGAAGACCCCAAAAUGAACACGUUCUACAUCCCGGCUUUGGGCCCGGCUCCUCGCUGGUGCUCGUUCCUGGACAGUCUGACGGAGGAGCUGGAGGAGAGCCCUGAGAGCACGGUCUACGACGACUACAAGUUCGUCACCCGCAAGGACCUGGAGAAUCUGGGUUUGUCUCACCUGAUUGGGUCGUCUCUCCUGAGAGCCUACAUGCAUGGCUUUUUCAUGGACAUAAGGCUGUAUCACAAGGUGAAAACCAUGGCAAAUCCUUUUGCGUACGAGGAAUACCGCAAGGAUAAGAUCCGGCAGAAGAUCGAGGAGUCCAGAACGCAGAGAGUCCAGGUUCAGAAACUGCCGAAGGUGAACAAAGAGCUGGCUCUCAAGCUGAUGGAGGAGGGAGAUGAAGAGGCAGAGCUGGCAUCCAGGAAGAAGAAGGGCAAGGCUCUCCCUAGCAUCCUGGGAGACGAUCGCUUCAAGGUGAUGUUCGAGAACCCAGACUACCAGGUGGAUGAGCAGAGCGAAGAGUUCCGGCUGCUCAACCCCAUCGUCUCCAAGGUGGGACAGAAGAGGAAGAAGAAGCUGCGACUGCUGGCUCAGCAGCAGGCCGACGUCCAGCAGGUGGCAGACGAAGAAGAGGAGCCAGAAGGGCGAGCCAGCUCUGAGGAAGAGAGCUCUGACGACGACAAGAGCUGGGUGGAGGAGGUGAGGGAGCAGCGGCGGCUACUGCGGCAGGAAGACAGAGACCGACGGCGGCAGGAGAGGAGGGAUGCUGACCGCAACACCGUCCUGCUGGAGCGGAAACAGGGCACAGGAGACGAGACCGAGAGCAAGAAGACGAGUCAGCCGCAGUUUUAUCAGCUCAAAGCCGGAGAGGAGUUCAGGAGUUUUGGCGACGUGGCCCACAAGCAGAAACUGCAAAAGGCUUCUCUGGAGGAGAGGCUAAAGUUGGAGGAAAGCUCAGGAAUCAGCAGCACAGCGGACAAGGCUGUGGGCAGCAAACAGCUGACCUUCACUCUCAAAAAGUCGGAGCAGCAGAGGAAGCAGCAGCAGGCGGAGAGAGAACACCACGAGGAGAGGAAGAAGCUAAGACGUUCUGCCGGGCACCUGAGCAGCGCUCGUGGCAGAGGACGGGGGAGAGGAAGAGGAAGAGGAAGAGGCCGCUUCUGAAGAAAGACAGCUCAAUUUUCAAACUGAGAUCAAAUGUGUCUGACUGUUUUUUCCACCAAGUCUCCUCCUGCCUGUGGUUGGAGAGAUUAAAUAAGACCAGAAAAUAAGUAUCAAUUCGAUUUAGUGGGAAGUUUGUUCAACUCCUGGGUGGUCUGAGCCUACUGUCUGUGAACUCCAUGGAUAUUAAAACAGACUGCCUCUGUUGCUGUCUGUACUAAUGUUAAAACAAGAUGAUAUGUCAGAGUCCAGUCUGUGAAUAGAUGGCCAACUGGCUGAGAUUUCACGGGAAACUACUCAGAAAGCUGGUUUCAAACAUGGCCAGGAACAAAUGUACUAUUUUAACAAUGUUUUGAUAUUUUCUAUUGCUGGCACAUCAUUUUGUUAAUGUAUAAAUUAAAA